AGAUUCGGCAAUUGUUAUCUUAAUUGAAUAAAUAAUAUUAAGAUAUGUUAGUGGUUAAACUAUAAAUAUAUAGAUUAGCGCUUUCAUAUUUGGUAAACGUCCAAAUCAACUCGUCACAAGAUAGUAAAACUUUCUAAUAUCAAAAUCAAUUGUUUUGUUAAAGAAUUAAAAUGAUGAACAAUUCUUUGUGGAAAAAAUGGGAAUCUACAAAACGAGGUUUAAUAAUAUUGUUCAUUAUAAACCUUGAUUUAAUUUCAUCAACUGCACAAAAUGAUUAUUCAGCAUUUGAUAAUUUGGAUAUCAGCAUUGAUCCGUGUGAAGAUUUUUACAAAUUUGCUUGCGGUAAAUUUCUUAAUACUACAAUUCUUCCGGAUGAUAAAAUUUAUGUUGAUGCAUAUAGUCUUGUUGAAGAUAAAAUUCAAAUGCAAUUAAAAAAUUCCCUCGAGGAGGAAUUUAAACCUAACGACGCAAGACAUGUGAAAAUGAUCAAAACAUUUUAUCGAAAUUGCAUAAAUGAAACUGCAAUAAAUAGUAAGGGAUUGCAAGCAGCUGUUGAUAUUUUAAACAAAUUAGGUGGAUGGCCCGUUUUGGAAGGAGAUUCUUGGAAAGAUGACAAUUUUAAUUGGGAACAAUUAGUUUCAAAAUUCAAGAAAGAAAGUCUUCCAGUAGUUAAUUUUUUUGAUUCAGGCGUUAUUUCUGAUUUGAAAAAUAGUUCAAAAAGAAUUUUAUAUAUCGAUCAACCAUUUCUUGAUCUGACUCAUGAAAAUAUCAAACAAGGUUUAAAUGAUAGUACAAUUGAAGCUUACUACAAUUACAUGGUUGAUAUUGCAAUUAUUUUUGGAGCUGAUGAAACAAAAGCCAGAGACGAAUUAAAAAGAUCAGUUUUAUUUGAAAUGAAUUUAGUCAAUAUUUCGUCGACAGAAGAAGAAAGAGAUUACAAUAAUUUAACAACAAUAAAGGAACUUGAGAUAAAUUAUUCCUUUAUAUCGUGGAAAGAAUAUUUUAGCAAUUUAUUAAAUCCAAACAAUGAAGCUGAUGAAAAUGAUGAGGUACUGGUAAAAGAUCCGAAUUUUUUUAGUGAAUUUGAAAAGGUAAUGGUGAAUUUUACGAAAAGGGAUCAGGCAAAUUUUAUUAUGUGGAAAGUAGUUAGAGAGAUGAUUAGUUAUCUAAAUGAUGAUGUCCGGGGGAGAGAAUUGAAAUUUCUAACUUAUACAACUGGACAAAAGGAAAGGGAACCCAGAUGGAAGGAAUGUAUUUUACUUGCAAAUGACAAUUUUGGACACAGUAUUGGCUCCAUUUAUGUUAGGAAUUACUUUAACAAAGAUUCUCGAAAUGAUGUAGAGGAAAUAUUCAACAAUAUAAAAGAAGAAUUUGGAAAUAUCUUAAGAACAUUAAAUUGGUUAGACGAUACAACAAAAGAAAAUUUAUUGGAGAAAUUAAUGUCAAUUAGAGCUCUCAUUGGUUAUACUGAUGAACUCCUAGAUGAUAGGAAGAUUGAUGAGUUCUAUCAAAAUCUAGAAAUAACAGAUGGAGAUCAUGUCGAAUCAAUGCUAAACCUAACAUUAUUUAAUGAAAAUUAUUUACUUGGUCUGUGGAAGAAACCUGUGAAUACUACGAGUUGGAAUUUUAACGUUAGUCCAGUAAUUGUGGAUACUUAUUAUGAAUUGAAUACUGACAGUGUUCUUGUACCAGGCGGAAUUCUCCAGGAAGCUUUUUACAAUAAAAAUAGACCAAUGGCAAUGAAUUACGGUGCAAUUGGUUUCUUAAUUGCUCACGAAAUUACUCACUUUUUUGAUAAUAAUAUGAAAAAGAAUAUAAAAAAUCAACAAGAUACGGCUAGAAAAUAUCUUUCAAAUAUCGAGUGUUUUAUUCAUCAAUACGAAAUAUAUAAAGUUAAAGAAUUUUCCCUAAAUUUAAAUGUCCUCAAUACGCAAAGGGAAAAUAUUGCUGAUAAUGGAGGAAUAAAAAUUGCAUAUUUAACUUAUCAGGAAUGGAUAAAACGACAUGGAGCAGAAUUUAUGUUGUCCGAUUUAAAUUAUUCGCAGUUCCAACUAUUUUGGAUUAGUACUGCUCAAAUGUGGUGCACCAAGUAUAGAUCUGAACAUUUGAAAAAUAAAAUUCUCAACGACGUGUACAGUCCUGCAGAAUUUAGAAUUUUGGGAUCAUUUUCUAAUAUGCCUGAAUUUGCAAAAGAUUUUAAUUGUCAUAAUAACUCUACAAUGAUUGGAAAAAAUAUAUGUUCCGUUUGGUAAAAUUUAUGUAAUAGAAUAAAUGUUUUUUUUAUGUUAAAAAAGUGUCUUGAUUCUUAUUAUCAGGCUCUACAAGAAUAACGCGUUUCAUCGUAACGAUUGGUUAUAUUUUACUAAAUUAAUACUACAGUCGCCGCGAUCUUUCUGGUCUAUUUAUUCUUC